AUGCUGUGCCCCGUGCCCCGGUGGUCCCGGGCCCCGAUCCUGCAGGCACUGCUCCUUCUGGUCGGUCUGCUCGGUGGCGGCCUCCAGACCACCGCAACCAGCUCCCUCCAGGAGGCUCCGACCAGUACGGAAGCAGAGACAGACCCGACGGCGGCCAGUUUGGUGGCCGCGGUGGCCGGUGGACGCAUCGACAGCGGCAAGGGCUGCCAGUUCCCGGGCGCCCCAGCCCACGGCAGCGCCGACGUUACCGACGAGCAGCUGCGCGACGGCACGGUCGCCACGUACUACUGCGAGCGGGGCUUCGAGCUGCUCGGGCCGUCGCGCCGCGUCUGCCACGACGGCCAGUGGAUCCCGGAGGGUAUCCCGUUCUGCGUGCUGAACGUGGCCGCGGGCAAGGCGCCGAUGCAAAUUUCGACCGAAGCGUCCGGCAUCCCGCAGAAAGCGAUCGACGGAUCAACGUCGGCGUUCUUCUCGCCCGACAGCUGCUCGCUGACCAAACCGGAGCGCGUACCGUGGUGGUACGUGAACCUGCUCGAACCGUACAUGGUGCAGCUGGUGCGGCUCGACUUCGGCAAGUCGUGCUGCGGCAACGGCAAGCCGGCGACGAUCGUGGUGCGCGUCGGUAACAACCGGCCGGAUCUGGGCACGAACCCGAUCUGCAACCGAUUCACCGGCACGCUCGAGGAAGGCCAGCCCCUGUUCCUGCCGUGCAACCCACCGAUGCCGGGCGCGUUCGUGUCCGUCCACCUGGAGACGGCCGGCCCGGCCCAGCUGUCAAUCUGCGAGGCGUUCGUCUACACCGACCAGGCCCUUCCGAUCGAGCGGUGCCCCGCGUUCCGGGACCAACCGCCCGGUGCGUCGGCCUCGUACAAUGGCAAGUGCUACAUCUUCUACAACCGCCAACCGGUGGCGCUCCGGGAUGCGCUCGCCUUCUGCCGGGCACGCGGUGGUACGCUGAUCAACGAAAGUAACCCCGCGCUGCAGGGCUUCAUCAGCUGGGAGCUGUGGCGACGGCACCGUAGCGACACCUCGUCCCAGUACUGGAUGGGGGCGGUACGCGACGCACAGGACCGCAACACCUGGAAGUGGAUCGGUGGCGAUGAGGUGUCGGUUUCCUUCUGGAACCUGCCCGGCGGCGACGAGGACUGUGCCCGGUACGAUGGUUCGAAGGGGUGGCUUUGGAGCGACACCAACUGCAACACGCAGCUCAACUUCAUCUGCCAGCACCAGCCAAAGGCAUGCGGGCGGCCGGAGCAGCCACCCAACUCGACGAUGGUGGCACCGAAGGGCUUCGACGUGGGUGCGACGGUCGAGUACAGCUGCGACGAGGGUCACCUGCUGGUGGGGCCCCCGCAGCGGACCUGCCUGGAGACGGGCUUCUACAACGAGUUCCCGCCGGUCUGCAAAUACAUUGAGUGCGGACUGCCGGCUUCGAUCCCGCACGGAUCGUACGACCUGCUAAACGGAACGGUCGGCUACCUCAGCACGGUCCAGUACCGGUGCGGCGAGGGCUACGAGAUGGUGGGCCGGGCGGUGCUGACGUGCGACAUCGACGAGCGCUGGAACGGGCCGCCACCGCGCUGCGAGCUCAUCGAGUGCGAUCCGCUGCCGACGCUGUUCGCGAACGGUGCCAUCGUCGCCCCCAACCAAACGGUGUACGGGGCGAUGGCGGAGGUGCGCUGUGCCCGUGGCUACGUUCCGGAAGGUGGCGCGCCACAGAUCCACUGCACCGCCACCGGCCAGUGGAACGCCUCGCUGCCUAGCUGCGUGCCCCAGCCGGCGGCGCCACCUAGCGAACCCAGCGGUGACGGAACACGGGCGCCGGGACCCGCUCGACGGCCCCUACCACCGGGUGGCCAGCGCCGGCCAGCAGGGCCGCCGACGGCUGGUAGUGGGCUGGUGUUGGGCGCCGGGAAUCGCUACGACUUCCCGCACCACCACCACCAACACGACGAUAUCAACGACGACCCGGACGACGACGCGGACGGGGAUGACGAUGACCGCUCCGACGACGCAGACGACUCCGCAGACGACUCCGCAGACGACCUCCGACACCGACCACCGACCUUUGACGAUGACUUUGACAGCCUCGAGGGCUUCUUCGUCGCCACUAACGAAGACUACUCUCUUCCCCCUCCAGAAGUGCGCCCGGGGUCGGUGCGCGAGGACGCCGGCCACCCGCCACCGCCGCCACCCUACCGGCCGGUCGUGGUCGUGCUACCGAACGGGGGCGGCACCGGCGUCAGCCCGCCCAAGCCGUCCUACUACGAACCGCACCCGGCCGCCGGGCCCGGUACGACCGGGCGGCCAGGGCCCGCGGUCCAGACCCACCGGCCGUCGCUCACACGCCGCCCGUCGGCGACCCCUUCACCGGCGGCACCACCGGCGCUACCGUCGACGACGCCGGCGGCCACCGCGGUGACGACGGCCCGAGGCCGUCAACCGGGACCGAACCAGCACGACAUCCUGGCGCAGCACCCGCAGGACAACGAGAUCGCCGGCAGCGUCAACAUCCGGCAGGAUCAGUCGCCCAAGGUCAACAUACCGUUCGCCGUCGACAACCGGGACAGCAGCGGAGGCGGCACCGCCGCCACCGCCGAUGGCCACGGCAACGGUGGCCUCGUGACGGGCCUAGGAGCAGGCGCGGGCGCUGGCACCGGGGGUGCCGGUGGUGUGCCCGGCGCCGGUGGGCCGUCCGGCGAGCGGAAGGAGUCGAAGAACGCCAAGCUGAACCUUGGCGCCAUCGUGGCGUUGGGGGCGUUCGGCGGGUUUGUCUUUCUGGCCGCCGUCAUCACCACGAUCGUGAUCGUCGUCCGAAGGAACCGGACCACCAACCAGCACUACCGUCACCGGGCAUCGCCCGACUGCAACACCGUGGCGUCGUUCUCCAGCUCCAGCUCGGAGUCGCGGAACGGGCUCAACCGGUACUACCGGCAGGCCUGGGAGAACCUGCACGAGUCGGCCUCGAAGAGCCACCACAGCAGCAGCGGCCACUCGGGGUUAAAGCGCAAGGAGACGAUGGACCCGCCAGUCAAUCGGUCGCGGUCACGCGAGAACCUCGAAGCCAGCCGUACUCGCGACCUCGAAAGGUCGCGGGAAAACCUGUCGGCGCGCAGCCGGGACUACGGGCGCGACAGCAUGGCGCUGCGCGACGGCUCGGAGAUGGUCGUGUCGGAUGUGUGCGUGAAGGGCGAGAAGAAGCGGCACCAUCAUCAUCACCACAAGAGCAACCACCAGCGUGGCGACUUCCGGGAGCCCAACAUCAUGGGCAGUGGCAACGGGCGGCGCGAGCACCGUCACUAUUGA